GCAUUGUCAGCGCGCAUAUUGAUUCGUUUCCUGCGGACGCCGGGAGGAGCCAAACAUUAAGAGGAUGAGGAACACCUCGGAACGAACUGAUUAAAUACUGUACUGAAUCAAAAGUGACUCGCCAAAGAGAGCUACAUUUGUGUGGACUUGUCUAUCGUCAUUUUGAGAGAUGAUGAUGACCUCACUCAGCUAGUGACCUGACCUCCCAGUCCCAGAGCGUCCUCAGCCAGGCAACCCAGCUGUGACAGAACCAGUCAUUGGACAGCACAAUAGUAUAAUAUAUAUGCCAUUUAGCAGACGCUUUUAUCCAAAGCCACUCAUCCGUGCAUACAUUUCACAUAUGGGUGGUCCCACAGUGACAGUGUUCAAUUUCUACUAGCAUCAUGGCUGUCAGCCAGCAGAAAGGCACUGCAGAGCUGGAAACCUCAACAGAGGGAAAGCGGACAGAGCUCAGGGCCAAUGAAGUACAUAAGAAAUGCUCAUGGGCCUCUUAUAUGACCAACUCCCCCACUGUGAUUGUCAUGAUUGGUCUUCCUGCCAGAGGGAAAACCUACAUGUCCAAGAAGCUAACCCGCUACCUCAACUGGAUAGGAGUGCCAACCAAGGUGUUCAACCUGGGGGUCUACAGGCGAGAGGCUGUAAAAGCCUACAAAUCCUAUGACUUCUUCAGACAUGACAACGAGGAGGCCAUGGAAAUCAGGAAGCGGUGUGCUCUGGUAGCUCUGCGGGAUGUCAAAGCUUAUCUGACUGAGGGGGGCCAGAUCGCUGUCUUUGAUGCCACAAACACCACCCGAGAGAGGAGAGAAUUAAUCCUUAGUUUUGCAAAGGAACAUGCUUACAAGGUAUUUUUUGUGGAGUCAUUGUGCGACGACCCUGAUGUCAUUGCUGCUAAUGUUAUGGAUGUGAAGGUAUCCAGUCCAGACUACCCAGAGAGACACAGAGAGAGUGUGAUGGAGGACUUCCUGAAGAGAAUAGAAUGUUAUAAAGUCACGUACCAACCAUUAGACCCAGAUGAAAAUGACAGGGACCUGUCCUUCAUCCAGGUCAUCAAUGUGGGCCGGAGCUUCCUGGUCAACAGGGUGCAGGACUACAUCCAGAGCAAGAUCGUGUACUACCUCAUGAACAUCCACGUGCACUCUCACUCUAUCUACCUGUGUCGGCACGGAGAGAGCGACCACAACGUGGAGGGACGCAUCGGGGGUGACGCAAUGCUGUCUGUUCAAGGGAAAAAGUUUGCUGGAGCGCUUAAGGGUUUUGUGGAGGAGCAUGGUCUGUCAGACCUAAAGGUGUGGACCAGCCAGCUGAGACGGACCAUCCAGACUGCUGAGGAGCUUGGGGUGCCCUACGAGCAGUGGAAGAUACUCAACGAGAUCGAUGCAGGUGUGUGUGAGGAGAUGACCUAUGAUAUAAUCGAGAAAACCUACCCUGAGGAGUUUUCCUUGAGAGAACAGGACAAAUACCACUACCGCUACCCAGGGGGAGAGUCCUACCAGGACCUAGUGCAGAGGUUAGAGCCAGUCAUCAUGGAACUGGAGAGACAAGGCAACGUGCUGGUCAUCUGCCACCAGGCUGUCAUGCGAUGCCUGCUCGCUUACUUCCUGGAUAAGAGUGCAGAUGACCUGCCCUACUUGAAGUGUCCUCUCCACACGGUUCUAAAGCUCACCCCUGUGGCUUAUGGUUGCAAAGUGGACAUGUUUGACCUGAAAGUGAAGGCUGUGAACACUCACCGGGAUAGGCCAUUAGAUAAAGUCCUUAAUGACGUCGUUCCUGCCACAUUCCUACGGAGGAACAGUUUCACCCCGCUGUCCAGUCACGACCAGGUGAAGCGACCGCGCCUCUACAGCGCUGGCAACCUACCUCAAUCUCGACGGCCCCUGGCCCCCUUUCUACCCAGCAUGCAGUCCUUUGAGGACCCUGAGGGAGCAGAGUUGGCACAAAGCCAAGAGUAUCUCAACUGCUUCAGCCCAGGAGAUGCAGAAGAUGCUGUCCACAGUUGAAGAGGACUGGGAAGAGUGUCUCCACUCCCCCACAUUUUCGCUGCCAUCAGAUCUGGGUUCAAAUACAAUUUAAAAAUACCUUGUGUUCGCUUUAGCUUGCCUGGAGUGCCAGGUGGGUAGUGUUCGCUUUAGCUGGCCUGGAGUGCCAGGUGGGUAGUGUUCGCUUUAGCUUGCCUGGAGUGCCAGGUGGGUAGUGUUUGCUUUAGCUUGCCUGGAGUGCCAGGUGGGUAGUGUUUGCUUUAGCUUGCCUGGAGUGCCAGGUGGGUAGUGUUUGCUUUAGCUUGCCUGGAGUGCCAGGUGGGUAGUGUUUGCUUUAGCUUGCCUGGAGUGCCAGGUGGGUAGUGUUUGCUUUAGCUUGCCUGGAGUGCCAGGUGGGUAGUGUUUGCUUUAGCUUGCCUGGAGUGCCAGGUGGGUAGUGUUUGCUUUAGCUUGCCUGGAGUGCCAGGUGGGUAGUGUUUGCACUUUGGGGACUUUUCCGCUGAUUCCAUUGCAACAGGCAAGCGCUAUAAAGCACAGCUAAAUUAUUUUUAAUUAUUUCAAAUAGUAUUUGAACCCAGGUACCCUCUGUCUGCUCAGGCUUGCUUCAUAUCAUGCCAGCCUUACCAAUUUGAUUGUCAAGCAGGAGUUCAAGCACACUGUCUUAGCAGCAAAUUAGGUAUGGAAUGUGGUUGUUGUAGUUGCCAGAAUUUGUUCUACAGUUCCAUUUCUGUUGCCAUCUGUUAGAUAGAUGGUGUGUGUGGGUGAAGAGCGAUAUGAUUUGAGACAAACAUGACCUUGCGCACACACACUUAUCAACAGUCAACGUUUAAUUUAUUGUGAACAGAACUUUAGAAUGUUGAAUAGAGGACAUCCUUGAGAUUAUUUGUCUCAGUAGAUUUGAGACAUUCAGUGAUUUGUCUAUUACAAUGUAUUUAAUUUACACUAACUAAUGGAGAGGGUUGCCACACUGAAAAAUGGAUAAAAAACAAAGCACUGACUACAAACACUGUCUUAUCCUUAAAUGAUUAUCCUUUAAUUCUACAAUAUAGUUUAUAAACAAUUACUUAAGAUCUUAUGAAUAAUAUAUUCUGAACAAAAAUCUAAAUGCAACAUGCAACAAUUUUAAUGGUUUAACUGAGUUACAGCUCGUAUAAGGAAAUGAGUCAAUUUAAAUAAAUAAAUUAGGCCCUAAUCUAUGGAUUUGACAUGACUGGGCAAGGUCGCAGCCAUUGGGGCCUGGGAAGGGCAUAAGUCCACCCACUUGGGAGCCAGGCCCAGCCAAUCAGAAUGAGCUUUUCCUCACAAAAGGGCUUUAUUACAGACAGAAAUAGUCCUCCGAAAUUAACAUUAAAUUCUCUGGGAACAGUUCUGGUGGGCAUUCCUGCAAUCAGCAUGCCAAUUGCACGCUCCCUCAACUUGAGACAUAUGUGGCAUUGUGUUGUGUGACAACUGCACAUUUGAGUGAUCUUUUGUUGUCCCCAGCACAAGGUGCACCUGUGUAAUGAGCAUGCUGUUUUAAUCAGCUUCUUGACAUGCCACACCCGUCAGGUGGAUGGAUUGUCUUGGCAAAUGAGAAAUGCUCACUAACAGAGAUGUAAACAAAUUUCUGCACAUCAUUUGAGAAAUGUAUUUUUGUGCGUAUGGAACAUUUCUGGUAUCUUUUAUUUAAGCUCAUGAAACAUAGGACCAACACUUUGACAUGUUGUCUUUUUAUAUUUUUGUUCAGUAUAUGUACCCCUUUAAUUGGAUAGUUGAAUAUCAUCUCUUUUGAACAUUCUCAUACUUGACCAGCCUUGUUUCCUCAGUGAGAGUACAAAUGCUGAAAGACCACCAUACAGGAUUUAACAUUUUGGCUUAAGAGUUAAUGUUAUUAGUUCGUCACAUGUUACUUUUACAUGUUACAUUACUGUGUGUGUAUAGAUUUCACAUUUCACACUGCAAUUCUGUCACAUAUUCAUGGCCAUGUUAUGAAACACCCAUGUCCUUGCAUUAUCAAUGUAUCAAUUGCAUGUCCUCAGCUAAAAUGGCAUCAUGAUUUAAGGGGGCAAAUAUUUUUUAGACAGUACUACUGUAGUUACAGUCAACAUGCCAUGCCAUCAACAUUUUGGAAUAUUUAUUCUUAAAUGUGCUAUACUGACAUUUGAAAAAGCACAGUGUAAUCGAAGAUGGGUACUUUCAUACUUACAGUUCACUGAUUGUGUCCAACCAUGUGCACCUUGUUUAUUACUGCCACAUUGAUAAUGUUAAAUUCAAUGCUGCUCUAAAGUGCUUCUGUGCCUGUGUUUAGCAACAUUUACUUUUGUGGCUGUUACAAGACAAUGUUAUUAUAUAAGUAGGCAGUCAGUCAGUAGCCUGUAAGACUACAACAUACUGAAUGAUAUAAUGGUAUGAUGCUGUAAGAUAUUUUUAGAUCACUAGAAUUAUCUGAUGUAAGUGUAAAUUAUUGAAGAAAUUAUGUUGUACUCUGUCAGAACGUCUUGCUCAUGGCAGUUUGACUUGAUUUGGUUCUCUGGUACAUAAUGUGGCCAGAUGUAUUGAGCUUAUUGGGAGGAGUCAUCAUGUUUAGAUGUUUCCACUACAACUCCCUGUCUCUCUCAAGCCAGGGCAAGCCUGUGGCAGAACCCUGGCUAUGGGGCAAGACUGGGAGUGACUUCCUGGGAAUAAUAACCGAGAUGACUCAAUCUUCUCAUAUUUGACCUACAGUAUCUGUGCAAGAGGACUAAUACAAUAAGUGUCUGAAAGACGUAAAGGGAAGGUGGCAGCAGGGGAUUGGGGAUGUUCAAAUGUUUCCAGACUGGUGUGUCAUAGGGGAAAUGGUAGUAUAACAAUGAAGCAACCCAUCUGAAACUUCAGUGUCUGUGUAUAGCAUGAACUACUGAAGCAUACAGUACAUUAUUCUCACAGGAAGUAUUUAUUUGGUUCAAUCAGCAGGCGUGCCUCCUUUGACUAUAUUAUUAUUUUUUCAUUUCUGUUAUUGGAAACAGUAAUGUCCUUGUCACGCAUUACCGCUUUCACAGCCUUGUUUGUGUAUCAGUGGGCAUCUUUCGCAAGACUGCAUUGUACUACACUCGAGGCAACCAUUUACCUAAACCAACAACACUUUAAGGUGUGGAGACAUUGUAAUGAAACGUUAUGAGUCAUACAGAAACUUGUAUUACUGUAUUUGUAAAUUAGGACAAUUCUGAACUAUAGUUGGAAUAGAAAUAAUAAAUUGUUGGGUUUUCUGA